GCCCAACGAGAGCGUCCUAGUGGACGAGAAGAUGACCACUGCGUCUUCCGAGGACCGUGGGACCGGAACCGAGUCCCUGGAAGCACCGCCAAUGGAUCGUAAGACGAUGCUCAAGCUUGAUCUGAGACUCGUCCCAAUAUUGGGCGCCUGUUACACGAUCAUGUUCCUAGACAGGACCAACAUUGCAAACGCACGAAUCGAGGGCCUUGAGAAAGGCUUGAACAUGCCGCUUGUGGGCUACAACACAAGUCUUUGGAUUUUCUACAUCCCCUUUGUCCUGGUCGAAAUUCCUAGCAAUCUGAUCAUGAGUCUCCCGCGCGUCAAGCCGAACUGGUUCCUAGGACUUAACGUGCUUAUUCUCGGCAUUGUUUCCACGUGCCAGGGACUCUCACAUUCGUAUUCUGGGUUCUUGGCGGUUCGAUUCUUCAUGGGAAUCUUCGAAGCCAUCCUUCCUUCAGGAACUGCAUUAUUGCUCGCGUCGUACUACACCAAGAGGGACGCAGCAGUUCGAUUCGGACUUUUCUUCGCAUUUGCUCAGCUUGGGCCUUGCUUCAGCGGACUGCUCGCAUAUGCCCUCGAAAAUAUGGACGGUGUGAACGGCCUUGCCGGAUGGAGGUGGAUCUUCAUCAUAGAGGGCAUAAUGACCAUUAUAAUUGGUUUCCUUGUCGUGCUCAUCGUCCCCAAUUUCCCAGAACGGGCCAAGUUUCUUACCUCCGACGAACGUGCCCGGCUGCACGAGCGACUAGUUGCCGAUAAAGGAGCGGAAAAACUCGAUAUCAAGAACGUUCCUUGGCUAAAGAUAAUCUUUGAUUACAAGAUCUGGAUCCCCACCGUUUUCUUCUUCUGUGCCGACAUGACCGCCGCCUCGAUGUCCUCUUUCAUUCCCACUAUCCUCGUAGAACUCGGCUGGAAAACAUCCAGAGCUCAAGUCAUGACCAUCCCUAUUUGGGUCUCGUGCAUAGUCGUCCAGGUCGGUAUCGCAUGGGUCGCUGGUCGUACAAGGACCCGCUCCCCCUACAUCCUCGGCGCCAUCUGCGUCGUCAUCAUUGGAUGGGUGAUCGAAGAGGUGCACGUUAAAUCCGCCAGCGUCCGAUACAUGUCGCUCUUCUUCCUCGGCACUGGAACCUUCACUCAAAUGACCCUAAUAGUGAGCUGGAUGACUUGCAACCUGCGUGGUAGGGCGAGUACGGCCGUGGGCACUGCAAUGCUGCUCGGCCUCGGAAAUUGCGCUAAUUUUGUUGCGUCGAACGUAUUCAUCACUAAGGAAAGGCCCCUUUACCCUACUGGCUUUCGCACUGGCCUGGCGAUUACGGUUCUCGGGUUCGCGUCUGUGGUGCUCUUUACGGCAAUCUUGGCGUAUCAUAAUAAGAGGCUGGAUGCUAAGAGGACGCAGACUGGGGACUGGGAAGACACUCAGGAGGAAUAUCGGUAUGUCCUCUAGGCGAUGCGGUUUACGAAUGAAGCGAGCGCCACGCUAUAAUGGCACGGUUUGGACGACGUAACGACUCAUGAGAACGAGACUACAUGGUAGGUGCAUGCACAUAGACUGAUAAGAACGAUAUGACCUGGUGGUGUUGAGUAGGGAAGAGACAGAUAAUUCACGUAACUAUAAUGACCCAUUGAAUUCCAU